AGAGAGAAAAAGAGAGAGAGAGAAACUGUGUGUGCAUGAGGCGAAAGGAGAGGGGGCUUCUAAAAACAAAGAUUUACGAAUUGAUAGGUGGUCGCGGCGUGUUUGACUGAACAGUCUUACGCAAAAAGUCUAAGAUCUCUGCGCUUCCUCUUCUUAAAGGAUUAAGGCAAGUGAUGGCCACCAGGUGGAGGCUGGAGCCCUGUCAUCGCGAUUUUAAGCAAGGCACAGGACACCGCACGCAGAAAUAAAAAAGCUGAAGAAAAACUUUCCUACUGAAAAGCAAUUCGGUCGCUAAAAGAGGAAACCAUAGUAAGAACACAUAAGUGAGGAAUAUUAUUGAUUAAAAUAUUAUUUUUAAAUUCCUCUUGCUUCCAUGUAAAGCAGACGAAACUUGGGAUAAUUUAUUUUCUCAUUACUUCUCGGGAAACUAAUGUCAUCGCGGUUAAGUGGAGUUCAAUAACGUGUAUUGUCUUGGGACCGCUGUUAAAAGGGAGCUUUUCCUUUAAUGCUCCGCGGGUUGGCUCUGCAAUUUAUUUCGGUUUAAGAUGACAACGGAAACUCCUCCGCAGCAUUUGGACUCGCCGGCCUCUCUAAGGUCCAGUCCGGCUUCUGGAAGUCUGCACGCUGCCCUAAUGAGUCAGCAGCCAGCGACAGUGGAGAGCACAGUCUCUUCGAAGUCAAAAAAAGUCAACUCAGGACUUCGACGACCUGAAAAGCCACCUUAUUCUUAUAUUGCCCUUAUAGUGAUGGCAAUACAGAGCUCCCCGACUAAGAGACUGACACUAAGCGAGAUCUACCAGUUCCUCCAGGCUCGGUUCCCUUUCUUCAGGGGCUCGUAUCAGGGUUGGAAAAAUUCGGUUCGACACAACCUCUCUUUGAACGAAUGUUUUAUUAAAUUGCCCAAAGGCUUGGGCAGACCUGGAAAGGGCCAUUAUUGGACCAUUGAUCCAGCCAGUGAGUUUAUGUUUGAGGAAGGGUCUUUUCGUCGUAGACCUAGGGGAUUUCGAAGAAAAUGUCAAGCCUUGAAGCCUAUGUAUAGGAUGAUGAACAGCAUUGGUUUUGGCACUUCAAUUUUACCACAAAAUUUUGAUUUUCAACCACCAUCGUCUCUGGCAUGUCACACCAACAGCUACAACUUGGACAUGAUGGCCAACUCUAUGACAGGAGGUUAUGACGGAUUCGGUGGCGGCCCUCAUGUGCCUCAUAUGUCUCCAAGUCCUGGAUCUACCUAUAUGGCCAGUUGUCCAGUAACAUCUAAUGGAGACUAUGGUCCUGACAGCAGUAGCAGCCCUGUGCCUUCUUCUCCUGCUAUGGCUAGCGCCUUAGACUGCCAUUCUCCGUACGCAAGUACAUCUGCGCCGUGGGCGCAAUCAGGGGGCACUCCUUACAUCAAACAACAGCCCAUAGCAACAAAUAGUCCGUCAGUGUCCAGUAUACACUCUAGCAUGUCUUCAUAUUCGUUAGAGCAAAGCUAUCUACAUCAGAAUUCCAGAGACACUGGAGAAAUAUCAGUGGGGAUACCUCGCUACCAAGCACAUGCACCUCCUGUCUGCGACCGGAAAGAUUUCGUUUUGAACUUCAACGGGAUUUCCUCGUUUCACCCUUCGGCCAACGGAUCUUAUUAUCAUCAUCAUCAUCACCAUCACCACCACCACCACCAGAGCGUUUGUCAGGAUAUCAAACCAUGCGUAAUGUGAGUGGCUGUUUGGACAUCGCCACUGAUCAGCUCUGCCAAACCAAGCCAAACGUCGCAGGCACCGAGCACUGAACUUGCACCUGCAUCUUGAUUUCCUGAGGAUUUGAAACGCCAGAAAAAGGAAGUAACACACGCAUUUUAAAGUUUACCACAAAACUCAUGCUGAAGGCAUUUUCAUUUUUUUUCUUAUCAAUGUGUUUUUUUAUUGGUUUUCAAAUUCACGGUAAGGCAGGCGUAUAUGCUACCAUACGAACGCACUAUUUUUCAAAUACACUUUUUAUAGCAAUAUCACGUCUGCUGAACAAAGAAAUAUAAUACAUAAUUUUGUAACGUGUGGCCGAUUACUGCACCCCUUAAACAUUAUUUAGCAAUACCUUUAUUUUUUAUCAUAUAUGCUUAGAAAAUGGAAGCGGACACCAGAUUUGAAUGUACAGUUCUUUUUAAAAUUUUCAUUCUUCAUUAUGUUGAAAAGGUAAAAAAUAUUUAAAAUGUUAUCCAUUUCAUGUGUAUUAUGCUUAUGUAUGUUGGGGUUCUGAGUAUCCUGCAGGUUUAUAUGUUUCACCCCGUUCAGAGCUGGCUUGGUGGUUUAUUUAAUAUCAGGAUGUUUCCAACGGCGAUCUCAGGAAAUGGGACUGAGAUACACUCACUUUAUUUUUGCACUUAAUGAAUACAUUUAAAAGUGUCAAUAUGCAGAUGUAAAAGAAGUCAAUAAAUGUAUAUAUGUAUAUAUGUGUGCCUUUAGCGUCUAUGUUCCCACCGCAUUUCUUUUUCAAGGCAGAUCAUAAUGUGCCUUAAGAUUAAAUAAUGACUUACUUUCAUGUUAGGAAAGAUUUCUACUCAAAAUUUACAGAAUGAUGUCCAGUGAAAAAUGUUGGUGUUUUCUUUAG